UUUUUUUUCAGCUGUGUAAAACUAACAUCUACCUGUUUGUGCUAUUUUGAUCUGCCAGGACCCCUGUCCAAACAACAGAAUCAAGGGCCUUCAGUAAACAAAAGCCGCCAACGUCUGCAGCAGAAAAAGGUGCCUCAGAAGAUAGAAGAAAAAUUGGAAUUGCCAGAUGGAGCAGCAUUGUCACCUCUGGAGAAGGUUGAGCAACAGGAGGCCAGAAGUCAAGAGGUGGAAGUUGGACUUAAACAGUCUUGUAAUAGUGACCCAACUGUAGCAACAAGUCAUCCGCUUGUGAAAAAGAAAAUGGAAUUGCAGGAGAAGUCUCGGUGGGAAAUCCUUCAACAAGAACAGAAACUGAUGGAAGAAAAAAAUAAACGCAAAAAGGCUUUCCUUGCUAAAGCAAUUGCUGAAAG